CAUCAUGGGGAAACUGAUCAGGAUGGGGACGCAGGAGAGGCGGUUACUCCGACCAAAGAGGCUUCAUUGGAGUCGCCUCCUUUUCUUCCUGGGAAUGUUGAUCAUUGGUUCCACUUAUCAGCACCUGAGGAGACCCCAGAAUCCCCCUUUAACGUGGACAAAAGUCUCCUCACAGCAGCCUAUUAAACUGGCCAUCAGGGACCUCCCCAAUGAUGAGAUGACAGUGGUGGGCAGUGACCCUCCAGAGGCUAGCUCUGAAGUGGAGGGAGAGAUGCUAGCACCCCAAGACACAAUGAUCAUAGGUGAAGCAGCACCUAGCAUAGCAAUGGAGGACACCCCCAAUCCACCCAUAACAACCAAGAUCACUCCAACGUCACUAAAGAACAAUUAUAGCCCCACAACAGCUGGCACGAGAAGACAAAAAGAAAACAUCCCACCCACACCUAGCAGAGCACCGAGUCACUUCAUCUCAACUUCAGGCAGACAGAGAGUAAAAAGCUAUACCCCAAAACCCCGGGGAGGAAGGAAGAGCUCCAGCCCAGCUCACGCCAGGGAAGAAGGAAGGAUGCAUACCCCAUCCCCAGCAGGUGCGCCCCGCACCAUCAGCCCCACAUCAACAGAGAAAGACAGUGAAACCAUGGCAACCUAUAGGAUGUUAGAGCCCAGAUCUGAGAGAACAGCAGGAAAAACUUCUCUCAGGAGAAUGGCUCCGAACACCCCGACUUUCUUAACACGCGAAGUAGAAACAGACCUCGCGACUUCUCCAAGUUUGGUGGGGAAGAACACCCUGGGAAGUCCUAGAAGAGGAGAAAGAAACAGCUCUACCACUCCCCUGCGAGCAGUCCUGCAGCCUACCCCUGCCACCUCUGAGGAGCAAGUGACGGCAAGCAUCAGGAUGGGUAGCACCCCAGCAACCACUGAAGGUUCUACUGCUGCCCGGAGAAUUGGCAAUCCCUUGUCCGGAACCAGUACACCAGCUGUUAGAAUUGCCUCAGCCACCAACAGGGAAAAGAGACCUUCCACAGCACACGGCACCCUAGUAACUCCCCAAGUCAAGGCAGUCCUGACCACACAGGUCCACCGCUGUGUGGUUGUGGAGCCAGCCCCAGCUGUACCCAUGACCCCAUCUCCGAGCAUGACAGCCAUCUUGUUCCCAGAGGCACCUACUUCCGGUCCCUCAGCCUUGCCGCCUGGCUGGCCAAACCUCCACCCCAAGGCGGAGUAUCCCCCAGACCUGUUCAGUGUGGAGGAUCGACGCCAGGGCUGGGUGGUCCUACACAUCUUUGGUAUGACGUACGUGUUUGUGGCCUUGGCCAUCGUGUGCGAUGAGUACUUUGUCCCAGCCCUGGGGGUCAUCACGGACAAGCUUCAGAUCUCCGAGGAUGUGGCCGGGGCCACAUUCAUGGCUGCCGGAGGCUCAGCCCCUGAGCUCUUCACCUCUCUCAUUGGUGUCUUUAUCUCCCAUAGCAAUGUGGGUAUUGGUACCAUCGUGGGCUCCGCUGUGUUCAACAUCCUUUUUGUCAUCGGCACCUGCGCCCUCUUCUCCCGGGAGAUCCUCAACCUCACCUGGUGGCCCCUGUUCCGAGAUGUCUCCUUCUACAUCCUUGACUUGUCUAUGCUCAUAGUCUUUUUCCUGGAUAGUCUCAUUGCCUGGUGGGAGAGCCUGCUGCUGCUGCUGGCCUACGCUCUCUAUGUGUUCACCAUGAAGUGGAACAAGCAGAUUGAACGCUGGGUGAAAGAGCAGCUUAGCAGGAGGCCAGUAGCCAAAGUCAUGGCCCUGGGAGACCUCAGCAAGCCCAGUGAUGGUGCCAUUGAGGAAAAUGAACAACAGGAUAACAAGAAGCUGAAGCUCCCGUCUGUGCUGACCCGAGGGAGCAGCUCGGCCUCGCUGCACAACAGCAUCAUCCGCAGCACCAUCUACCACCUCAUGCUCCACAGCUUGGACCCCCUGGGGGAAGCCCGCCCCUCCAAGGACAAGCAGGAGAGUUUGAAUCAGGAAGCCAGAGUCCUCCCCCAGACCAAAGCAGAAAGCAGCUCAGACGAGGAGGAGCCAGCCGAGCUCCCUGCGGUCACGGUCACUCCAGCCCCUGCUCCAGAGGACAAGGGAGAUCAGGAGGAGGAUCCAGGCUGCCAGGAAGAUGUGGAUGAGGCUGAACACAGAGGAGACAUGACAGGUGAAGAGGGUGAAAGGGAAACCGAGGCAGAAGGAAAAAAAGAUGAAGAAGGGGAAACUGAGGCAGAAAGGAAAGAAGAUGAUCAAGAAGAAGAAACUGAGACAGAAGGGAAAGAGAAACAAGAAGGGGAAGUUGAGGCAGAAGGAAAAGAUGAACAAGAAGGGGAAACUGAGGAAGAAGGAAAAGAAGUUGAACAUGAAGUGGAAACUGAGGCAGAAAGAAAAGAAGAUGAACAAGAAGGGGAAACUGAGGCAGAAGGAAAAGAAGCUGACCAUGAAGGGGAAACUGAGGCAGAAGGAACAGAAGCUGACCAUGAAGGGGAAACUGAGGCAGAAGGAACAGAAGCUGACCAUGAAGGGGAAACUGAGGCAGAAGGAACAGAAGCUGACCAUGAAGGGGAAACUGAGGCAGAAGGAAAAGAAGCUGACCAUGAAGGGGAAACUGAGGCAGAAGGAAAUGUUGAACAUCAAGGGGAAACUGAGGCAGAAGGAAAAGUUGAACAUGAGGGGGAAACCGAGGCAGGAGAAAAAGAUGAGCAUGAAGGGCAAAGUGAAACCCAAGCAGACCACACUGAGGUGAAAGAUGGUGAGGGUGAAGCAGAAGCCAAUGCUGAAGAUCAAUGUGAGACCACCCAAGGUGAGAAAGGUGCAGACGGUGGAGGGGGAAGUGAUGGAGGGGACAGUGAAGAAGAGGAGGAUGAGGAGGAUGAAGAGGAGGAGGAAGAGGAGGAAGAGGAGGAAGAGGAGGAGGAAAGUGAGGAGCCUCUGUCCUUGGAAUGGCCUGAGAGCAGGCAGAAGCAGGCCAUCUACCUCUUCCUCCUGCCCAUCGUGUUCCCACUGUGGCUGACAAUACCUGAUGUACGGAGGCAGGAGGCCAGGAAGUUUUUUGUCAUCACCUUCCUGGGAUCCAUCAUCUGGAUAGCCAUGUUCUCAUACCUCAUGGUGUGGUGGGCUCACCAGGUUGGUGAAACCAUUGGGAUUUCUGAAGAGAUUAUGGGUUUGACGAUCCUAGCGGCAGGCACUUCAAUUCCUGACCUCAUCACCAGUGUGAUCGUUGCCCGGAAAGGCCUGGGAGAUAUGGCCGUGUCAAGCUCGGUGGGCAGUAACAUAUUUGAUAUCACAGUGGGCCUGCCUGUCCCCUGGCUCCUGUUCUCUCUCAUCAAUGCGCUGCAGCCUGUUCCUGUCAGCAGCAACGGCCUGUUCUGUGCCAUUGUCUUGCUGUUUCUCAUGCUCCUGUUUGUUAUCUUCUCAAUCGCUUCGUGUAAAUGGAGAAUGAACAAGAUCCUGGGCUUCACCAUGUUCCUUCUUUACUUUGUGUUCCUGGUGAUCAGUGUGAUGUUAGAAGAUCGAAUCAUAUCCUGUCCUGUAUCUGUCUGAUUCAGUCACGGAUGCUCGAGAUGGACAGAGAGCAGAAGACCUGGCUGGAAGUUACUGUCCGUCUUACCACACCAAUCAAAUAAUAAACACGAUCAGGAAUGUGAA